GUCAGGCGCCCCUUCGGUCCUCUUUGUCCGCCCGGUGGAUCGCUCAGCCGCCUCGCUUGCGCCUUUCUCCCUCCCCCCGCCCGAAGGGUCUCCAGGAAGAGAAGCCCCGCCGAGCCUUGAGAAGCAGCCGCCUCCCCCCAAAAGAUCGCCAUGGAUGAUGAUAUUGCAGCGCUCGUGGUCGACAACGGCUCCGGCAUGUGCAAAGCCGGCUUCGCGGGAGAUGAUGCGCCCAGAGCCGUCUUCCCCUCCAUCGUGGGUCGCCCCAGACAUCAGGGUGUGAUGGUUGGGAUGGGCCAAAAAGACAGCUAUGUUGGAGACGAGGCGCAGAGCAAGAGAGGUAUCCUGACUUUGAAGUAUCCCAUUGAACAUGGCAUUGUCACCAACUGGGAUGACAUGGAGAAGAUUUGGCACCACACCUUCUACAAUGAACUCAGAGUCGCCCCGGAAGAGCAUCCCGUGUUGUUGACAGAAGCCCCCCUCAACCCCAAGGCCAACAGAGAGAAGAUGACCCAGAUCAUGUUUGAGACUUUCAACACCCCAGCCAUGUACGUUGCCAUCCAGGCUGUGCUCUCCCUGUACGCCUCUGGCCGUACCACCGGCAUUGUGAUGGACUCUGGUGAUGGUGUCACCCACACUGUGCCCAUCUACGAAGGUUAUGCCUUGCCCCACGCCAUCCUCCGUCUGGACCUGGCUGGCCGCGACUUGACCGACUACCUCAUGAAGAUCUUGACCGAGAGAGGCUACAGUUUCACCACCACAGCCGAACGAGAAAUUGUGCGUGACAUCAAGGAGAAGCUGUGCUACGUUGCCCUGGACUUUGAGCAGGAGAUGGCCACCGCGGCGUCCAGUUCCUCUCUGGAGAAAAGCUACGAACUGCCCGAUGGACAAGUGAUCACCAUCGGCAACGAGCGGUUUAGGUGCCCGGAAGCUCUCUUCCAGCCAUCUUUCUUGGGUAUGGAAUCCUGUGGCAUCCACGAAACCACCUUCAACUCCAUCAUGAAGUGUGAUGUUGACAUCCGCAAAGAUCUGUAUGCCAACACCGUCCUCUCUGGUGGCACCACCAUGUACCCUGGCAUUGCCGACAGGAUGCAGAAGGAAAUCACCGCCCUGGCACCCAGCACGAUGAAAAUCAAGAUCAUUGCCCCACCUGAGCGUAAAUACUCAGUCUGGAUCGGAGGGUCCAUUCUGGCCUCCCUCUCCACCUUCCAGCAGAUGUGGAUCAGCAAGCAGGAAUACGACGAAUCCGGGCCAUCCAUCGUCCAUCGCAAAUGCUUCUAAACCAGGACUUAGUUACCACCAUAGCAUUUUUUUUCCUUUUUUUUUUUUUUUUGACCAA